CGCGGCCAGCCGCACCUCAAAACCCAGCGAUCGGCGUCAAGACCCAAGCUGCAUGGCUUGCGCAGGACGUCCCAACGUCAGGUCUCACAUUCGACAUCUAUCUUCCCUACCUGCUCGCGCUCUAUGGAACAUAACGUAUCCUUGAGCCUUGACAGUGGAGAGGCGGUGUCAAUGCCUCAGCACCCUACUCGUCCCCUCCCCCCAACGAAUAACCAUCCUACCCUCCCUCCUACCACGGAAACCAGACAAGGACUCGAGAGCCAAGCUUGGAUCACCAAGGGGAAGGGAUCCUCACCCAAAGGAAAGGCUCCUGUCACUUGCGGCCCGCGAAGCCGCCGGGGGGAUCUAUGACUCCCUUCCCCGAGUGCAGGCAAGGCUAGUCUGGGCUCAGUCGUCGAUCCCCUUUAAUGGAAUGUACGAGGAGAGAUGCGAGGGAUGUGCAAUUGGUGAGGAAACCUCUGCUUUGAGAUGCACCUGCAGCGAUGCGGGAAUGGCUAGUGGGGUGGGGGCGAAAGCCUUUUAUGAUGGGUUCGUUCGUUCGUUUUUAUUUAUAUUUAUAUAUAUACACGUGAUGCAAGGACUACCUAGGUAUGCAGGGCUGGCGGAUCUUUGGGUAGCCGGUUCUUGGUUUGUUCAGUUACGCUGAUUGAGGCCUGGGGGCGCGAAAAGGGGGUGAUGUCAUGUGAUCGUUACCGACCAGAGGGUCUCGUGUUGGCGGUGGCCGGCGGCAGACGCAUCGAGGGGACAGGCACAGUCAUCUUCUAUAGUACCCAGGUACCCUUGAGAUAUCGGGAACGAAAGCCGUGUUGGCGGCGGCCGCUGGCUGACGCAUCGAGGUUCGCUCCUCGGACGGUAGCAGUGCCCGGCCGAUGAUUUGAGGGUAUCCUCAUGUUUUUGCGGAUAAUC